GGGCACCAAUGGAGCCUCUCUCUUUCCCAUGCGUUCGUGCAAUGGCUUCAAACUCGAGGAAGCUAGCAUCGACGCCAUUCAGGAGCAAUUCGAGGCUGGAAAUCUCACCAGCGUUGAGCUGCUGCAAUGCUAUCUGGAGCGCAUCUACCAAACGCAAUCUUAUUUGAAUGCCAUCCUGCAAGUCAAUCCGGAUGCUUUCAAGAUCGCCAAAGCGCUCGAUGAUGAACGCGCCAAGGGAAAGAUCCGCGGCCCGCUCCAUGGUAUUCCGUUCAUUGUCAAGGAUAAUAUCGCCACCAAGGACCGCCUGGAGACCACUGCUGGCAGCUGGGCACUUUUAGGAUCCGUUGUGCCCCGUGAUGCCCAUGUUGUCCAUGGCCUCCGCAAAGCCGGUGCUCUGCUCCUGGGCAAGGCCGCCCUGAGUGAGUGGGCCGACAUGCGUUCCAACAACUACUCCGAGGGUUUCUCGGCCCGUGGAGGCCAAUGUCGCAGUGCUUACAACCUCACGGUCAACCCCGGCGGCAGCAGCUCCGGGUCAGGUGUUGCCGUUGGUGCCAACCUGGUUCCCUUCGCCCUUGGCACUGAGACCGACGGCAGUGUGAUCAACCCUGCGCAGAGAAACUCGGUCGUCGGCAUUAAGCCUACUGUUGGUCUGACCUCCCGCGCUGGCGUCGUUCCCGAAUCGCUGCACCAGGAUACUGUUGGUACUUUUGGCAAAACCGUGCGCGAUGCAGUCUACGCUCUCGAUGCUAUCUAUGGCAUUGAUACCCGUGAUAACUACACUCUUGCCCAGAAGGGGCAGACCCCUGACGGAGGCUAUGCGCAGUUCCUCACCAACAAGUCUGCCCUCAAGGGCGCCGUGUUCGGUAUCCCCUGGGAGUCCUUCUGGGCCCUUGGCGAUGCCGAUCAGAUUUCUCAGCUCCUUGAGCUGGUCGACCUGAUCAAGCAGGCCGGUGCCACCGUGAUCAACGGGACUGAACUGCCCCAUUACAAGACGAUCGUCUCCCCAGAUGGCUUCAACUGGGACUACGGCUCGACUCGCGGAUACGCCAACGAAUCCGAGUACAGCUACAUCAAGGUCGACUUCUACAACAACCUCCGCGACUAUCUGUCUGAGGUCGAGAACACCAACAUCAAGUCCGUCGAAGACCUCGUCCAGUACUAUCUUGACAACUACGGCUCCGAAGGUGGAUACCCGAGCAUCCACCCUGCCUUCGGCUCCGGCCAGGACGGUCUGAUCGCCUCCCUCGAGAGCAAGGGUAUCAUGGAUGAGACCUACUUCCAGGCCCUCGGAUUCUGCCAGCGCACUACCCGCGAGGAAGGCAUCGACGCCGCCCUGAAGUACAAGAACAGGACCCUGGACGGUCUCCUCGUGCCUCCUGACGUUGCCCAGAGCAUCCAGAUUGCCGCCCAGGCUGGGUACCCCGUGAUCACCGUUCCGGCUGGCGUGGGCAAGGAGUCCGGCAUGCCGUUUGGUCUUGCCAUUCUGAACACGGCCUUCUCGGAACCUACCUUGAUCAAGUACGCUAGUGCUAUUGAGGACCUGCAGAAGUCGACCGGAACCAAGUAUCAGCGCUCUCUUCCUCAGUGGCGUGGUUACUUGACUCGUAACCUCCCUGUGAUUAUGUAAAAUAGAUUCGAGCGUGUUGUGCUCGAUGGACACUUCUACUAUUGUUAGAGGAUACACAUUAUGUAAUAUUAAGUUAGACGUCUCAUAGAC